AUGGCCAACCGCUACUCGACAUACUCGAACAACUCUUCGCAAGUUGGUGCAGCCCGAACAGCUGCUCAACAGCCUACCCAAGUCUCGACCACUACUCUCCUCAACUCCCUACACACAAUCUAUGCCUCCGGCCAAACGUACCAACUCGACUCGAGCACGAGCAUUGCGGUCAACACGUGGCUGACUGCGCUCAAUCCUGAUGUCCAAGGACGAGUGGGGGGUACUGUCGAUGCAGAUAUUGCCUCAAGAGCUUGGGAACAUGCCAGACGGAGAGCUGAGGAUGGAUGCAUCAUUCUGGGGUCACUGCACCCUUCAACACCCUCGCUAUUCCAGGCAUUUCUGCAAGUCGUUCCACUGUCCACUCCAGAGAUCGCAUUCACUGCUCUGUCGGCCUUGCGUCCUUUCCUCUCUUGUGUCACGCCUCUCAACCCUACAACCUAUAGACAUUCCUCUCUUGCUGCCAAAUACACCGUCACCCUAACCGGCACAGUCACCGGAUUUACGCUUGCCUUGUCUGGCUCCGGGAUUGACGUCGAAAGGGGCCUUCUGAAGAUUCCAUCGGAACCUGGUCAUCGUGCCUUUGACGUCUUCUACUACCUCCUGACAUCGGCAUCCACACCUGCUGAACGCGAGUUCCUGGGUCUGCAACAUCCAUCCAAAUACACCCUGUUGAACAGAUCUGGAUCCUAUGAUCCGCCAACCUACCUCCCAACGGCCGAUGACGCAGCAGCCGCUGAAGACUUCCGCUCAGCCUUGAAGUCGAUUGGAAUCAAAGGCGCGGCUUUCCGUGGGCUAUUAUCAUGCCUUGCUGGAUUGCUAAAGCUGGGCGAGACGACUGGAUUUCUGGUUGACUCUGACGUCCUCGAAGAAAUAUGCGAGGACGUAGGUGGUCUGAUUGGCCUAGAGCCCGAGGUCCUCGUCAAGAAGUGCUCUACAGAUGAUCGUGAAGUACUGAUUGCAGGCAUGUACGAAGCCCUGGUGGACUGGGUCCUUGGAAAGGCCAAUGAUGCCAUCGCCGCCGAGUUACGCUCCGGAGCUCUCACACCCGACUCCAGUACUCAGACAGGUGAUGAGGUCAGCCUCACAGUCAUUGAAAUCCCUGGCGAGCCCCUCGGAAAGGCUGUGGCCUUGCGAAAUGUUUUCGACGAUACCCAAGGUAUUAACGCCGAAAUGAAAGACGAUGGUGUCGAGGUUAUGUCUGCCGGCCACUCUGUUCUCAAGGAAAUGAACUCUGCCGUUGCGGAAGUGGAAGCGGACCUGGGUAUCAAAGGAGGACCGCUCAGUCGGGAGAGAGAGCACGACCGGGAUCGAAGAGAGGGCAUUCUUGAAAGGAUCGGCGCCGAGGCCGAGGCCGGAGGCUUUCUUCGCACUUUACUUUACCCCGUCGACGGCGAGGGCUUGAAUUUUGGCCGAAAAGGCCGUUUUGAGCUGGGGGCUACUCUUGCCAGCAGCAGAGCGUGGUAUCAGCUCUCUGUCCAUCCCACUGAUGAUGCGCCGAGUGCUUUGGCUGCCUUGGUCUCGACAACGUCCGCAUGGUCUGCGGGAGCGGUAUCAAGACAAUUACGAGCAUGGAGACUUCCUGAAUGGGCCAACCAUCGCAACCGGCGACUCGACUUCACGGCCGAUUUUGAUGUCGAAGAAUUCGUGACAAGGUAUUCCAGACUCGGCUGCAAGGAUGGCAAGGAUGGAAUAGAAAGCUUCUUGCUCGAAAGAGGUUGGACAAAUGGAGAAGUCAUCAUUGGACGAGAACGAGUCUGGAUGCGUGAAAGUGCCUGGUGGGAAGCUGAGUCUAUGCUUGACAUGAAACCAAUAGAGGGUGGCUAUUCUGACGACCCUGCCUUUGGCCAGCCACUCAAUCCCUUUGCAUCCAGUCAUUCUGUCCAUGCUCCUCACAACAGCAGUGGCUUCUUCCCGCCCAUGGGUGAUAAUAUGAGUGUCCAAGAUAGUCGAGAAAACCUGCUUGCUCAGGCUGGCACAGAACGGGCCAAGUCGGUUGCACCUACAAUGGCACGUACGAUGCAUACAGUUGGUGGUGACUACGGCCUUGGGCCGAAGGGUGAUGAUCACAAAGACGCCGUCUAUGACCCAGACCUUGGGCAGUAUGUUGGUGGGUUGGAUCCGGAGCUUGCCGAUCCGAGAAACGUGGAGUCUAAAAAGACUUCGGCUGGCAGACAAGCUUGGGUGUCUCUCGUGUGGGCGCUCACCUGGUGGAUACCCUCUAUCUUCUUACGUUAUAUUGGUCGCAUGAAGCGUCCCGACGUGCGCAUGGCUUGGCGAGAGAAGGUGGUGUUGGUCUUUCUCAUUUUCCUCCUGAACGCCUUCAUCGUCUUUUACAUCAUCGAGUUUGGAAGGCUUCUGUGCCCGAACUUUGACAAGGCCUGGAAUGCAAAAGAAGUCGGCUUCCACACAGGUGAAAAUGACUAUUAUGUCAGCGUUCGAGGCAAAGUCUACGACAUGACGAAGUUCUACCGUAUACAGCACAGCGACACGGCCAUCCAAACGAACGCGCAGAAUAUGCUUCCACUGGCUGGGAUGAAUCUUGACGCAUACUUUCCACCUCCCUUGAGUCGCGCUUGUCCAGGUCUGAAUGUCGACGAGAGUGUGGUGUUGCAACACAAUGAUACCAGCGCUGUUCUGUAUCCAAAUGCUGUCCACACCUCUGGUCAUCGUUAUCAACCAGACCAACAAUCAAAGUUGUAUAGCUGGGAUUGGUACAGUGACACAUUCCUGCCCAAGAUGAACGAAUAUUACAAAGGAGAUCUCGUGGUGUCAAAGGGCAGCAUCAAGAGUCAAGCUGAAAAUGACCAGAGGCAGUGGGUGAUCAUCAACCAGAGAAUAUACGACCUCACCGACUAUUUCUACACCUUGAACGUCAUGAACAAUUUCGUUACCUACAAGUUCUUUCCUGAGGAGGUGACGGACCUUAUCAACGGCAACCCAGGCUCAGAUAUCACGAGCCAAUGGGGAACAGAUGCGGCCUUCGCAAACAGUCUGAACUGCAUGAAUAAUGCGUUCUACGUUGGCAAAGUCGACUUCCGAGACUCCGCAAAAUGUCAAGUCAACAACUACCUUCUCUUGGCUUUUGCCUUGGUUUUGUGUGCUGUCAUCUUAGUCAAGUUUUUGGCAGCACUACAGCUUGGGUCGAAGCGCCGACCGGCAGCACAGGAUAAGUUUGUCAUCUGCCAGGUCCCAGCCUAUACUGAAGGUGAAGACCAUCUGAGAAAAUCUCUCGAUUCUCUCACAGCUCUCCAGUAUGACAAUAAGAGAAAGCUGAUCUGUGUCAUUUGUGACGGCAUGAUUGUGGGAGGUGGCAACGACAGGCCUACUCCCAAAAUUGUACUGGACGUACUUGGUGUGGAUCCAAAGAUUGAUCCACCAGCUCUGCCCUUCAGGUCCAUCGGCAAUGGCAAUGAGCAACUCAAUUACGGCAAAGUGUACUCCGGACUCUACGAAUAUGAGGGCAACGUUGUCCCCUAUAUUGUCAUUGUCAAGGUUGGAAAGGAAUCGGAACAAACAAAGUCGAAGCCCGGAAAUCGCGGGAAACGAGAUUCACAAAUCUUGUUGAUGCAGUUCUUGAACCGCGUCCAUCACCGAUCGCCCAUGUCCCCUCUCGAGUUGGAAAUCUUCCACCAAAUCAACAAUGUCAUUGGUGUCGACCCUGAACUGUACGAGUAUGUUCUCAUGGUCGACGCAGAUACUAUGGUCAAAGAAGAUUCGCUCAAUCGCCUGGUCGCUGCAUGCGCCAACGAUGCUAAGAUUGCAGGCAUCUGUGGCGAGACAAGCUUGGAGAACGAAGAGCGAAGCUUGUGGACUAUGAUCCAAGUCUACGAAUACUACAUCUCGCAUCAUCUUGCCAAAGCUUUCGAAUCUUUGUUCGGCAGCGUUACUUGUUUACCCGGAUGUUUCUGCAUGUAUCGUCUCCGGACCGCUGACAAGGGGCGGCCUUUGAUCAUCUCGGACAAGGUCAUCCAGGAGUAUUCGGACUGCGAUGUUGAUACUCUCCACAAGAAGAACUUGUUGUCUUUGGGCGAGGAUCGAUACCUUACGACGUUGAUGACGAAGCACUUCCCUUCGAUGUCCUACAAGUUUGUCCCGGAUGCCUAUGCUCUCACUGCGGCGCCCGAAUCCUGGUCCGUCUUGCUUUCGCAGAGAAGACGAUGGAUUAACUCGACCAUUCACAACCUGGCCGAACUCGUCUUCUUGAAAGAUCUUUGUGGCUUUUGCUGCUUUUCGAUGAGAUUUAUCGUUUUCAUUGAUUUGUUUGGUACCUUGAUCCUUCCGGCAACAUGCGCCUAUCUCGGCUACUUGAUUUACAGGGUCGCUUCCCAUACCGGCCAAUUCCCAUUGAUCUCACUCGUGAUGAUCGCUGCAGUAUACGGCUUACAGGCUGUCAUCUUUAUCAUCAAACGACAAUGGCAGCACGUGGGUUGGAUGAUCAUUUACAUAUGCGCGUAUCCCAUAUACAGCUUCGUCCUACCAAUCUACUCGUUCUGGAAUCAAGACAACUUUUCAUGGGGCAACACGAGAAUCGUCAUUGGAGAGAAAGGUGACAAAAAGGUCGUUGCCAUUCAGGACGAGGGCUUCGAUCCCCGAUCGAUCCCUCUUCAAAGGUGGGACGACUAUGCCGCGGCCAACAACUUGCCAGGUCGUCGUGGCAAUUCUGGCGGCUAUCCGGAGAAGGGGUUUGAGUAUGGCUACACCGAUGACGCCGCAAUGAUGGAAAUGGACGACAUGCAGUCAAAUUACUCCUCCGUGAAACCAGCCAGCACGAUCCUGGCGGGCUUCCCUCAUCAAUCGGCGCCAUAUAUGGCACCACCUCGAUCAAUGACGCCGUUUAACGGGAUGAACAAUAACCGCGCCAGCACCAUGACUGGCCUCACACAGUUCAAGGAUCAACCCCUCAGUUUGCACGGACGGAACAUGAGUAUGUUGAGCCUAGGCAGCCAAGCGCGGUUGAAGUCCCCCUCCCCGGUACCAUACCAGGAUAACUCGCGGAGUCGCAGCCCGUACCAGGGAGGCAUGCAACACUCGGCCAGUAAACCCAGCCUAUUAGGCAUGGGCGUCACGGGUAGUCGGCCGGCAUCCACCGUGAUGGAUUUCCGCACCGUUCCUUCGGCUGGGCCAAGUGAUCAUGACAUUGUCGAGGCAAUUCGCGCGGUGUUGGCUGAGGUGGAUCUCGACAAGGUCACCAAGAAGCAAGUCAGAGCACUGGUAGAGCAGAGGCUGCAGUGUGAAGUACCUGCGGGGGAGAGGCGAACAUUUUUGGACAAAGCCAUUGAUGGCGAACUGGCCAAUAUGUAA